ACAGCCCGCACCACCAACACCUCCUCAGCUCCUCUACUGCGCCGGCCAGAGGCACCUAUCACCACCGCAGCCUGUUACUCUUUCUGACGUACUCGCUCAGUCCGAACGUACUGUAGUAGAGCGUUUUUCGCGCCAUUUUCAUCAUGGCUUCAGACGAGCUAGUGUGGGCCGUAAUCGGUGGUGAUUUUUGUUCCUUCAAGUUGAAGACGACGAAAGACCAAACCUUCUGUCGCAACGAGCACAAUGUCUCUGGAUUUUGUAGUAAACAGGCCUGCCCACUCGCCAAUUCACGUUACGCCACCAUCCGCUCAGAUCCCGCGACUGGUUCUCUCUAUCUCUACAUCAAGGCCAUCGAACGCUCGCACCUUCCCUCCAAGUGGUGGGAGCGCAUAAAGCUACCGAGCAACUACUCCAAGGCGCUUGAGCUCGUCGACGAGCACCUGGCAUACUUCCCCAAGUUUCUCAUACACAAGAACAAGCAGCGCUUGACGAGACUUACCCAAGUCAACAUCCGCAUCCGCAAAUUGGCAAAGGAAGAGGAGCGAUUGGGCGAGAGGCUCGUGCCUCGACUGGCGCCCAAGGUGCGGCGGCGAGAGGAUGGACGAGAGAGGAAGGCAUUGGCUGCCGCCAAGGUCGAGCGAGCAAUUGAGCGCGUACUUAUCGAGCGCCUCCGCUCCGGCGCAUAUGGAGAUCGCCCCCUCAACGUCGAGCCCAAUGUAUGGAAGAAGGUCCUACGAGGCUUGGAGAAAGAAGGCCAGGUUGAGCGAGAUGAGGAUCUCGACAGUGGCAUCGAGGACGAGGAGGACGAGGUCGAGUAUGAGAAUGAGAUGGAGAACGGUGUCGGCGAGGUCGAGUAUGUUAGCGACAUCGAGGGUGAGACAGAUGACGAGAUGGAGGACUUUCAGGAUUGGGUUGGCGGUCAGAGUCCAGAUGAAGCUUCAGGUGACGAGGAUGAGAGCGACAGUGCCAGUGGUAGCGAGGAGGAGGAGGAGGACGAGUCCGAAGACGAGGAGACAAAAGCGCUCAAGAAGACUCUCGCGAAUCUCAAGCGCAAACGCCCCGCUGGGCCGCCGCCCAAGCCGAAGAAGAAGUCCGCGAAGGACUCCAAAGGUCCGAAGCGCGAGAUCGAGUACGAAAUUGAGAGAGAGCCCACUGCGAGAGAGGCUAUGCGCAUUUAAUACCGUCAAUAACGUUGUUAAGGCAUUGGUGUUCAUCAUUGGGAAGGCGUUCCAGCGCUUUAGAAUGACGGUUAUGGAAAAGUUUGUCAGGACUCAAAUUUAACAGAUCUACCUCGAGCUGUCUAGUGUGCUCUGUCUGUAGCCUCCGCGCCCAACACGAAGUUUCAACCAUUCACUUGUGCAAGCAUUGUGAGAAAUUUCACUCGAUGCACAGUGUGAGCUCCGCGUGGACUUAAUUUGCAUUUUUUUUUCCCUGUAGAACUUAGAAGAUUAUUAUAGCGCUAGGUCAACUAAGCAAAAUGUCAGAUCGAAUCGCCAUGUCCACGUCCUCCGCAUCAACUUCUUCGGUCACUGAGCACCACAGCGAAGCC